GCAGAGCCACUGCUGCCCCCCGGCUACGCCUCCCUCUCUCUCGCUCUCUCUCUCUUCUUUCUCUCACACGCUUUGCCUUUUGCUGCCACGGCCUGCUUUGCCCACGAAAAGACAACCAACCCGGAGAGGGAGAGCGGAGUAGAGAGAGAGAGAGAGAGGAGGAGGAGAAAAAAAAAACACGCGCACACACACGCAGGGGAGUUCCCCCCACUUUUGCCUGCUCCUCCAAUCGCCGCCGCCUCGUCGCCCGAGAUCCGCUCCGCCUGCCGCCGCCGCCGCGGGCCGAGACAGAGGCAUCGUUCCCAGCAUCGGGUUCCACGGAGAAGCGCCGAUUUGGAUAUCUGAUCCAAUUGGAGUUGGAUUGGCCGUUUCAAAGUGAGUGUGGUUGGCUGCUGGAUUGGUCAUAUAAGAAGCCUGCUAAUUCCAGAGAUGAUGCCAUUGUGACUUGUGAGUGGACAAUGGAUUCUGCGAGAAGUUGGUUCCAGAAGUUCCAGCCGAGGGACAAAUCGAAGAGUCCAGCGGUGGCUGCCAGCCAUGGAAAGGAUCCAGGAAAGCCCCCAAUCGAUGACGCACCUUCUAGUGCAACGAAACAGAGGGUUGCUGCGGCAAAACAGUACAUUGAGAAUCACUACAAGACCCAGAUGAAGUCCCUGCAAGAUAGGAAAGAAAGGCGUUGGAUGCUGGAGAGAAAAUUACAGGAUGCAGAGGUUCCUGUAGAAGAGCAAAAUAAUAUUCUAAAGCAUUUGGAGAAAAAGGAGACCGAAUAUAUGCGGUUGCAGAGACAUAAGAUGGGGGUUGAAGAUUUUGAACUUUUGACAAUUAUAGGAAGAGGUGCAUUUGGUGAGGUGCGUCUAUGUAGAGAGAAGUCAUCUAAGAAUGUAUAUGCAAUGAAAAAGCUCAAGAAAUCUGAAAUGCUUCGUAGGGGCCAGGUAGAGCAUGUCAAAGCUGAAAGAAACCUUCUUGCAGAAGUUGAUAGCGCUUUUAUAGUCAAGCUCUACUAUUCUUUUCAAGAUGAAGAAUUCUUGUAUCUCAUCAUGGAGUACCUUCCUGGUGGUGACAUGAUGACUUUGCUUAUGCGCAAGGACACACUGACAGAAGAUGAGGCCAGAUUUUACAUUGCAGAAACCGUACUAGCAAUAGAAUCUAUUCACAAGCACAGCUAUAUUCACCGGGAUAUCAAACCAGACAAUCUAUUGUUAGAUCGCAGUGGUCAUUUGAAGCUUUCUGACUUUGGAUUGUGUAAACCUUUAGAUAGCAGUAAUUUCCCAAAUUUGAAUGAGCCAGAUUAUACAUCUGCAAAAGGCAACACCAAGCCUUUGCCUGAUAGUACCAGCCGGUUAAGCAACUCUUCUGCUCCAAGACGCACACAACAAGAGCAAUUGUCACACUGGCAAAAGAACCGACGAAUGCUUGCAUAUUCAACUGUUGGCACUCCUGAUUACAUUGCUCCAGAGGUUCUACUGAAGAAAGGAUAUGGAAUGGAAUGUGACUGGUGGUCCCUUGGUGCAAUCAUGUAUGAAAUGCUUGUUGGUUAUCCUCCAUUCUAUUCAGAGGAUCCAAUGUCAACCUGCAGAAAGAUUGUGAACUGGCGAAGUCACUUGAAAUUCCCUGAGGAGGCAAAGCUUUCCCCUGAAGCUAAGGAUCUCAUCAGCAAACUUUUGUGUAACGUUGAGCAGAGACUUGGAACAAAAGGAGCCCAUGAGAUAAAAGCACAUCCAUGGUUUAGAGGACUCCCAUGGGAAAGAUUGUAUCAGAUGAAAGCUGCUUUCAUACCAGAAGUUAACAGCGAGUUGGAUACUCAGAAUUUUGAGAAAUUUGAGGAGGCCGGAGCACAAAUUCAAAGUUCAUCUAAGUCAGGUCCAUGGAGAAAGAUGCUGCCGUCCAAGGAUGCCAACUUUGUUGGUUAUACAUACAAGAACUUCGAAAUUGUAAAUGAUGAUGAAGUUGCAGGAAUUGCUGAGUUGAAGAAGAAGAGUUCGAAAUCAAAGCGGCCAACUAUCAAGACAUUGUUUGAGAGCAUGGAUGAAGAUGAACCUGUUCAAGGAAGUUUCUUAAAUAUGUUGCCCCAUAAGGAGGGACAACCUUCAUCCCACUCUACUAUUCCACCAGAACAAUACCAAUCUCGACAUAAAUAGGAUAAGGAGGUUUCCAAAAGUAAAACACAUAUAAUUAAAACAAGAAAAAAAUUGCUUCCUUUUGAUCUUGUCUCCCGUCCAAGCUUUGUAAAUUCUAACCGAUGCUUUCUCUUCUCAAAUUCUUCAUACAAAAAAAAAAUCCCUCUUCUGUCCAAAGAGUGGUGAUUGCUGUACGCGGCGAUAUUUGUUUGGUUCGCUGUGUGUUUGGGUUACAACCUCGGUGAUGAUGGGUCUCAGGUUACAGCUAGUGUAUACUUGCUACCAUUUCUGACGGGCAUGUGUAUUGCAAUUAAAUUCACCUCCCUUUUCUGCU